AAACCAUUCAUUCAACUUCUCCCCUAUAUUUAUACUUUUAUCAACUAUGCAUGCUUUUAUAUUCUUGUUUUCUGCCUUAUGUUCACUUUAUACUCCAUCCUUUGUUGAAUCCACCAAAAACCCUAGUGGCUUCGAAGUUGAACUUAUUCAUCAUGAUUCACCAUUGUCACCCUUUUACAACUCUUCCCUUACCUCAUCGGAGUUAAUCACAAAUGCGGCCUUGCGCUCUAUUUCACGUUCAAAACGACUUUCCCUUUUUCAAAAUAAUGAGUUAAACGAAUCGCCAGAAUCUAUUAUAAUUCCAAAUGGUGGUGAUUACCUCAUGAAAAUCUAUAUUGGCACCCCACCUGUUGAAAGGCUUGCUGUUGCAGACACAGGUAGUAAUCUUAUUUGGGUACAAUGUUCCCCUUGUAAGAAAUGUUUUCCACAAGACAAACCCUAUUUUGAUCCAAACAAAUCUUCCACUUACAUGGGUUUGUCAUGUGACUCACAAUCUUGCUCAUCACUACCACUAGGCAAACAUAGAUGUGGAAAAUCAAAGAAGUGUGAGUAUUUAAUUAUUUAUGGUGAUGAGUCUUAUAGUUUUGGCGAAUUGAGUACCGAUUCCAUUGGUUUUGGUUCAAUGAAUGGUGAAGGAGAAAAAGAUGUUACAUUUCCAAAAUCAGUUUUUGGAUGUGGACUUCAAAAUGAUCUAGGGUCUGAAACUAGUCAUAAAACCACAGGUAUUGUUGGUCUAGGACUAGGGCCAUUGUCCCUAGUUUCACAACUAGGCGAUUCUAUUGGUCGAAAAUUCUCUUAUUGUUUGGUUCCUUUCGGUUCAAACUCGACUAGCAAAUUGAAAUUUGGAGAUCAAGCAAUUAUAAAAGGCAAUGGUGUUGUGUCUACUCCCCUUAUGAUCAAGUCAUCUGAUCCUUAUCAUUACUAUCUCAAUCUCGAAGGUAUCACCGUUGGACAAAAAACGGCUCAGUCAGGUCAAACUGAUGGUAAUAUAAUCAUUGAUUCAGGUACAACAUUGACGUAUCUUGAACCAAAAUUUUAUAACGAUUUCAUAGCUUCGGUGAAGGGAGUUAUUGGUGUAGAGGAAGUAAAAGAUCCUCCAUCACCAUUUACCUUUUGCUUCACCUUUGGAGAUCUAGCAAAGUUCCCUAAUUUCGUGUUUCAUUUCACGGGAGCCGAUGUUACCCUUAAACCUCAGAAAUUACUUGGUGUUCUUGGCAACAACUCGUAUUGCUUGUUGGCCAUACCAUCCAAUGAUCUUUCCAUCUUUGGAAAUAUAGCACACGUUGAUUUUCUAGUAGAAUAUGAUCUCGAAGGGAAAAAAGUUUCCUUUGCUCCAAGUGAUUGUUCCAAGAAUUAACUUUCUAAUAAGUGUUUUCUAAAUAAUUUAUAAAAUAAAGGUUUUAAAUGUGUUUUAGUGAUGUUGAUUGUUAAGACCAUGAGUCUUGAAAAAAAAGACCAUCUCAACAGUCUUAUGUGUAUUUUCUUUUUCCCUCGAAUUUUAUUGUACCUGUUCCCUUGCAUUGUAUUUGUUGUAAGUUGUAACAAUAUUACUAUUGAAUAAGAAUUUUUAUAUAGUUGAAUAAAAAAA